GACGGCAGCGGUGAGGCGCAGCAAACCGAGCCUCAUCAUCAUCAUCAUCAUCAUCACCACCGUACCGCCGCCACGACCACCGCAACGGCAGCCGACCGAGCCGAGCGACACACCGGGCUUUACCGAUUCCAGGAGCCGGGCGCCAUGGCGGGCCGCCGCUAGGAGCACCGAGAUUUAGCCUCUUUGUUCUCCCUCGACGCCGCGCCGAGUUUCCGCGCCUCCGCCGAGGAGGGGCCGCCGAGGAGCAGCUUUCCGAGCGGAGGAGGAGGCGGCAGGAGCAGCAGCCACUACCGGGGAGGUGUUUUCUACCGAGCCAGCCGAAUGGCGGACCGAGAGGCGUCGCCGAUCCCGCUGGAGAUCCGAGCCCGGCUAGCGGAGCUGGAGCUGGAGCUGUCAGAGGGCGACAUCACUCAGAAGGGUUAUGAGAAGAAGAGGUCCAAGCUGAUCAGGGCAUAUGUUCCCCAUGCUGGAGGAAUGGAAGGUCCGAUGUCCCACCGGGCUCCACUCGGACCUCCGUCUGCCGCCAGGUUCCACCGACGGAGAACCUCCGGCACCAGAGAUGAGCGCUACCGAUCAGACGUCCACACUGAGGCGGUUCAGGCUGUGUUGGCGCGCCACGUGGAGAGGAAGGUUGCCGUGCCGAUGCCCUCAAAACGACGAUCGCUGGUGGUGCAGACCUCCAUGGACGCCUACACGCCUCCAGGCCUGUCCCCCCUGUGCUCAGACUCGUCGUCGGGCUCCGAGGAGGAGGCGGGGCCAGGCGACGACAUGUCGGGCAUGGAGCACUGGAUGAGCCGCCCGUCACAGCUAGGCCCCGCCCACCUGGGCUCCACCUCCUCCUCGUCCUCGUCCACUCAGAGCGGCGGCAGCGGGAACGCCGGGCGGCUGGCCGACUCGCUGGCGCACACGCACAUCUCACACCUGGCGCACACACACCUGGCGCACACACACCUGGGCCAGUCGCACCACCAGCAGAGCCACCUGUCGCAGUCGCACCACGGUAUCGGCCACCUGUCCCUGAAGAGGAAGGGAGCUCUGAGUGUCGCUGAGAACGGAGGAUCUCUGCGACGGUCCUGCGAGUUUGGAUCCGACAUGUUGUGGCCGCCGCCGUUGGAGUCGGACGAAAACCACUCGGCCCCUCCGGAUGUGACGGGGUACUCGUCGGACUCGUCCCACUCCCACACCGAGCGUCACCACAUGGCCAACAUGGGAACGAUUGCCAGGAACACGCAGAAGUACGGCAACGCAGAGCGCAUGGAGACCGGCGACGGUGUUCCGGUCAGCAGUCGUGUGUCGGCGAAGAUCCAGCAGCUGGUGAACACACUGAAGCAGCCGCGCAGACCUCCGCUCAGAGAGUUCUUUGUUGAUGACUUUGAUGAGCUUCUGGAAGUCCAGCAGCCCGACCCCAACCAGCCCCGACCCGAGGGGGCUGAGAUGAUGCCGGUCCGAGGGGAGGCUCUGGGGGUCGUCACCAACUGGCCUCCGUCCCUGGAGGCGGCGCUCCAACGCUGGGGAACCAUCUCCCCUAAAGCACCCUGCCUCACGAGCCUGGACACGGCCGGGAAGCCGCUCUACGUGCUCACAUACGGGAAGCUCUGGUCUCGCAGCAUCAAGCUUGCCUACAACAUCCUCCACAAGCUGGGCAGCAAGCAGGAGCCCAUGGUGCGACCGGGAGACCGGGUGGCGCUGGUGUUUCCCAACAACGACCCGGUGGCCUUCAUGGUGGCCUUCUACGGCUGUCUGCUGGCUGAGGUGGUCCCGGUUCCCAUCGAAGUGCCGCUCAGCCGCAAGGAUGCCGGCAGCCAGCAGAUUGGCUUCCUGUUGGGCAGCUGUGGCGUUACCGUGGCGCUGACCAGUGAUGCCUGCCAUAAGGGUCUCCCCAAGAGCGCAACAGGAGAAAUCCCACAGUUCAAAGGUUGGCCGAAGCUGUUGUGGUUUGUAACCGAGUCGAAGCAUCUCUCCAAACCUCCCAGAGACUGGUUUCCUCACAUCAAGGACGCCAACAACGACACUGCUUAUAUUGAGUAUAAAACCUGUAAGGACGGCAGCGUUCUGGGAGUCACUGUGACCCGGAUCGCUCUGCUCACCCACUGCCAGGCGCUCACCCAGUCCUGCAGCUACACUGAAGCCGAGACCAUAGUGAACGUCUUGGACUUCAAGAAGGACGUCGGCCUGUGGCACGGCAUCCUGACGAGCGUGAUGAACAUGAUGCACGUGAUCAGCGUUCCCUACUCGCUGAUGAAGGUCAAUCCUCUGUCGUGGAUCCAGAAAGUCUGCCAGUACAAAGCUAAAGUGGCCUGUGUGAAGUCCAGAGACAUGCACUGGGCUCUGGUGGCCCACAAAGACCAGAAGGACAUCAACCUGAGCUCGCUGCGCAUGCUGCUGGUGGCCGACGGAUCAAACCCCUGGUCCAUCUCCUCCUGCGACGCCUUCCUCAACGUCUUUCAGACCAAAGGGCUGAGAGGCGAGGUCAUCUGUCCCUGCGCCAGCUCCCCCGAGGCCCUGACGGUGGCCAUCAGGAGGCCGGUGGAGGACAGCAGCCAGCCUCCGGGUCGAGGCGUCUUGUCCAUGCAGGGUCUGAGCUAUGGAGUCGUCAGGGUCGACACCGAGGAGCGUCUGUCGGUGUUGACGGUUCAGGACGUGGGAACGGUCACACCAGGAGGCCUGGUCUGUGUGGUGAAGCCUGAAGGCGUCCCUCAGCUCUGUCAGACUGAUGAGAUCGGAGAACUGUGUGUUUGUUCCAUCGCCACGGGAACGUCUUAUUACGGCCUGACAGGGAUGACCAAGAACACCUUCGAGGUUUACCCGGUGAGCUCCGGAGGCGGCCUGAUCAGCGAGUACGCCUUCGUCCGCACCGGCCUGCUGGGCUUCAUCGGCCCCGGCGGCCUCGUCUUCAUCACCGGCAAGAUGGACGGACUCAUCAUGGUGAGCGGGCGCCGCCACAACGCCGACGACAUCGUCGCCACGGCGCUGGCGGUGGAGCCCAUGAAGUUCGUGUACCGGGGACGGAUAGCGGUGUUCUCUGUGACGGUGCUGAGGGAUGAGAGGAUCGUGGUGGUGGCCGAGCAGAGACCCGACUCCACAGAGGAGGACAGUUUCCAGUGGAUGAGUCGCGUCCUGCAGGCCAUAGACAGCAUCCACGGGGUCGGUGUCUUCUGCCUGGCUCUGGUUCCAGCCAACACUCUUCCCAAGACCCCUCUGGGCGGCAUCCACCUGUCGGAGAUCAAGCAGCUGUACCUGGAGGGAGGCCUGCAUCCCUGCAACGUCCUCAUGUGCCCCCACACCUGCGUCACCAACCUGCCCAAACCCCGGCAGAAACAGCCAGAGAUCGGACCCGCCUCUGUGAUGGUGGGUAAUCUGGUGUCGGGGAAGAGGAUCGCUCAGGCCAGCGGCAGAGACCUGGGACAGACCGACGACAACGACCAGUUCCUGUUCCUGUCGGAGGUUUUGCAGUGGAGAGCUCAGACGACUCCGGAUCACGUCCUCUACACCCUCCUCAGCUCCCGGGGGGCGGUGUCGAGCUCCCUCACCUGUCUGCAGCUGCACAAGAGGGCUGAGCGAGUGGCGGCGCUGCUGAUGGAGCGAGGAGGUCUGCAGGAGGGAGACCACGUCGCUCUGGUUUACCCCCCAGGUAUCGACCUGAUCGCAGCUUUCUACGGCUGCCUGUACGCCGGCUGUGUUCCCAUCACGGUGCGGCCGCCUCACCCCCAGAACAUCUCCACCACGCUGCCCACCGUCAAGAUGAUCGUCGAGGUGAGCCACUCGGCCUGUGUGAUGACCACAGCUGUGAUCUGUAAGCUGCUGCGCUCCAAAGAGGCCAUGGCCACCGUGGACAUCAGGAACUGGCCUCCAGUCCUGGACACAGACGACCUGCCAAAGAAGAAGCCUCCAGCUCUCUACAAGCCCACCAACCCCGACGGUCUGGCCUAUCUGGACUUCAGCGUGUCCACGACCGGGAUGCUGGCUGGAGUUCAGAUGUCCCACAAUGCCGUUGGGGCCUUCUGCCGGUCGGUGAAGCUGCAGUGUGAGCUCUACCCGUCCAGAGAGGUGGCCAUCUGCCUGGAUCCCUACUGCGGCCUCGGCUUCGUCCUCUGGUGUCUCUGCAGCGUCUACUCGGGCCACCAGUCCAUCCUGAUCCCUCCGGUGGAGCUGGAGUCCAACCCGGCGCUGUGGCUGCUGGCCGUCAGCCAGCUGAGGGUCCGAGACACCUUCUGCUCCUACAGCGUCAUGGAGCUCUGCACCAAAGGACUCGGCCUGCAGACCGAAGCACUCAAGGCUCGAGGUCUGGAUCUGUCCCGGGUUCGGGCCUGUGUUGUGGUGGCGGAGGAGAGGCCUCGGAUGUCGCUAACUCACUCCUUCUCGAAGCUCUUCAAAGAUCUCGGCCUUCACCCGCGAUCUGUCAGCACAGCGUUCGGCUGCAGAGUCAACCUGGCCAUCUGCCUGCAGGGCACGUCAGGACCGGACCCCACUACUGUGUAUGUAGACAUGAGGGCGCUGCGCCACGACAGGGUUCGGUUGGUGGAGAGAGGUUCUCCUCACAGUCUGCCCUUAAUGGAGUCCGGCAAGAUCCUGCCUGGAGUUCGUAUCAUCAUCGCCAACCCGGAGACCAAAGGGCCGCUGGGAGACUCGCAUCUCGGAGAGAUCUGGGUCCACAGCGCCCACAACGGCAGCGGUUACUACAGCGGUUACGGCGAGGAGGUCCUCCAGUCGGACCACUUCAACUCCAGACUCAGCUUCGGAGACACGCAGACGGUUUGGGCCAGAACCGGAUACCUGGGUUUCCUCCGUCGCACCGAGCUCACCGACGCCAAUGGAGAGAGACACGACGCUCUGUUCGUGGUCGGAGCUCUGGAGGAGGCCAUGGAGCUGAGGGGGAUGAGGUACCAUCCCAUAGACAUCGAGACCUCCGUCAUCCGCGCACACAAGAGCAUCAUGGAGUGUGCGGUGUUCCCCUGGACCAACCUGCUGGUGGUGGUGGUGGAGCUGGAGGGCUCCGAGCAGGAGGCCCUGGACCUGGUUCCCAUGGUGACCAAGGCGGUGCUGGAGGAGCACUACCUGAUCGUGGGCGUCGUCGUGGUGACGGACAUCGGCGUCAUCCCCAUCAACUCCCGCGGCGAGAAACAGCGCAUGCACCUCCGUGACGGCUUCUUACAAGACCAGCUAGACCCCAUCUACGUGGCCUACAACAUGUAGCCUGAGUGUGUUGCUGUGUGCGUUACCGCGUGUCUGUCGGAGUGUGUGUUUGUGUGCAGGGCGGAGAGAGAGAGAGGGAGUGAGCGAGCAUGCGUCUGUAUGCUGUGGAUAUUGCCGUUGUUGUUCAUUUAUUUCCCGAAAUCAAGAUGUACUGUAUUUUUGAACCUGCAUAUGGUGUGGUCUUAAAUUGUCCGUUUUCUUUAAAGUCGUGUUGUGCCGGUUGGUUGGUUGGAUGGAUGGAUGAUUGGUUGGUUGGUUGGACGGUUGGUUAGUUGAUUGGACAAUUGGAUGGAUGGUUGGUUGGCUGGUUGGUUCAUUGGUUAGUUGAUUGGACAAUUGGACAGUUGGUUGGUUGGUUGGACAGUUGGUUAAUUGAUUGGACAAUUGAUUGGUUGGUUGGUUAGACAGUUGGUUAAUUGAUUGGACAAUUGAUUGGUUGGACAGUUGAUUAAUUGAUUGGACAAUUGGUUGGUUGGUUGGUUGGUUGGUUGAUUGGUUGGUUGGUUGGUUGGUUGACUGGUUGGUUGGUUUUUUACACCCCCGCUCAAUCUCGUGACCGUUACCAGGAUCUCGUCACUGUAGAAAGCCUUAGAGGGGAACACUGUGGUCGGCCGUCGUCUUUCCAAGGUCUUAGGAGGUAAAAGUAGAAAAAUACUAGACUGUAUCUGUCAUCAUGUUUUACUGGUCGGGUCGAGGAAAAAAACUUACCCAGAUUUGUGGUAUUAUUUCGAAAAUUAGAACAGGGGCAGCCAGAUUCUUGUAAAAAAUAUAAAUAUUGUACAUAGACAUAAUAAUCUAUAUGGAGAGGUACCUAAAACACAGUGAGGUGUAGUAGCCCCUAUAUGCAGCUUUCUCCACCUGCACCCUGUGUGUGUCUGUUUGUGUGCAGAGUGUGUUCAUCUGUCUGUGUUGUUGUGCGACAGGGACGUUUGUUGUAGUUUCAGCGUGAAAUCAGGCACCGGUUUUAGACAGAGACGAUCAAAGAAGAGAUGUUUUUAUGGAGUUGAAACCCACAAAAAGAGCAAGUUGUGUGUUUUCAGUGUCCAAGGUGUAAGAAAAACUGCAAUGAUGCAUCUUUUUCCUUAUCUAGUCACGUCUGAAAGGCAAAAAAAAACGCCAUAAGUUUAAGUAAAAUGCAAAUUCUUUAUGUGUAAAUUAAAGCAAAACCUGCACAAUAACUGAAUCUGUUAAAAUUGCAGACAGAAACUCACAAAAAGAACAGCUUUGUGUGUUUUCAGUGUCCAAAGUGAAAGAAAAACUACAUCGAUGUGUUUUUUUUUCUGAAUAUAGUCACAUUUUAAAGGUUCCCUUUUAACACAAAUUUGUUUACAAUGCCAGUUUUUUUCACAUUUCAAGCAAAAAUGCCGCAAACUUUUAACAUAUACAACAAUUUGUGCAUGUUAAAAUGUUUUUAUGAAGGUAGAUACCCACAAAAAGGAACAGCUUUGUGUGUUUUCAGUGUCCAAAGUGAAAGAAAGACUAAAGUGAUGCAUCUUUUUCUGGAUCUAGCUACAUUUUAUAGGUUUUCUUUGACCUUUCUGGCAAAAAAACAACAUAAUUUUAAGUACAAGGUGAGUUCUUUCUGCAAAGGUUACAGCCAAAGUGCCACAAAUCUAAAUAAUUUAUACAUAUUAUAGUUGUUUUAUAGAAUUAAAGAACAAUUGUGUGUGUUUUCAGUGGCCAAAGUGAAAGAAAAACUACCCUGAUGCAUCUUUUUCUACAAUUAAAGGUUUUCUUUUACCUUUUUGGGAAACGAACAACAUCACUUUGACCCUUGUGGCACCACAAAAACACCACAAAUUUUAGCACAAGCCAAGUUCUUCGAGUAAAAAUGCAGCAAACAUUCAGGCCGGACAAUAAUUUGUGCACAUUAAAUGGUUUUAAUCGAGUUGAACCUGUUGGAACUGCAGAGCAAACAGCAACUGUAUGUGUUUUCAGUGCCUGAAGUGACAGAAAAUCUACUCUGGUGCAUCUUUUUCUGAAUCUAGUCACGUCUGAAAGGCAAAAAGCAAGUUCUAUCUGUAAAAUUCAAACUUUUAACAUGCACAUUAAUGUUUCUUCUUGCCAGUCAGUCAAUCUUUUGCUGAGUUUCUUGCAGUAAAGCUGUGAAAUUCAGCCCCUGAAGCACCCAAAGCAUCUCGUCGAGCAAAGUGCACUGUGUGAAUAUGAAAGAAAUGUAUUGUUAAUGUUAUUUAAAAGGAAUUUAAGGGAAACGCUGCGUCUUCGAUCAAAGCCGGCGGCGUCCAGGUGUUGCUGCAGCUCUUUUACAUAAAUGUUUUUUAUUCUUUUCAGUCUCCUCUGAGGGGACGCGGGAUGAUUAACGGGGCGAAAAAAGACGAACAUUAUGCUGCAGAUAAAAAAACACAAUGUCUUCUGACGUUUAUUGUGAAUUACUGUGAACUCCCGCCUCCUCGGGCCGUAUUCAGAUGAAACAGUGUGAUGUAAAACUCAAUUUUGUGUCUCGACAAGCCAAAAAGAUCUACUGCGCGUCAGGUUUUAGAGCAAAUGGAACUGCAGGAACAUCUGGAGGCUGUUGGGGGGGAGAAAAAGGGAAGUCCAGAUAAAGUUUACAUAGAGAAGCUCCUCUUGUAGCAAUAAUCCCCAAAGGAUGCUCUUUACUGCGGGAUUCGUCCUUCUGCAUGCCGCUCAGCUGAGGUCAUCUGCUGCAGAUUUAAACAUCACAAACCAGCUGUGGAGCUUCUGUGUCUUUUUACCAAGUUUCCUCAUGGUGUCCUCCGUCUCUAGUAAGAGUCUGUUCUGCUGCGUCACAGAAAGGCAGAAGAAUUGAGGCAGUUAAGGAUGUUUUUUAGUCAAAUGUCAGUUUAUAUGUUUAACCCUCUGAACACUAAGCUGUUUCUGGGUGUUAUUUGUUCGCCGUGGGUGAAGUUUUUAACAGAACAACCACUGCUACAAGAAAAUAGAAGCAAGAAAUGUCUUUUUUUUUGCGGUAUAACAUGGUGAAAAUGCCAUAAAUCAUAAAAAAACAAACAAAAAAACUACAAGUUUAAUUUUUUAAAAUUAUUUUUAAAAAAUACAAAAAACUAGAAUCAGCGUGUGCACCAUUUUCUCAUAGUGAUUACAAUAAAUUACAGAUACAAACAGUGACUCUGCAUACUAUAUUUAUAUUAAAUGAUACACAUUUUUAUUUCGUUUUCGUCUCCUGCAGCCUGCAGUUCAGCCAAAAACUCUGAUUUUUUGCCUCUUUACUCCCAGUCACAGUUGAGUCUCUCAUGGCUACAGAUUUGCUCUAAAGAGAGCAGAAUUUUUUAUUUUUUGCAGAAUCUGUUUAACAUAAACGAGCUAUUUUUGGUGAAUUUUUGAAUCAAACCUACUGAAUAAAAUGAUUUUUAUUCUGGAUUUGGUCACAUUUUCCACCACAGCAGAUGAUUAGUUCAAAGACUGUUGUAAAUCUGAUGAUCGGUUCUGUUUUUGCAGUUUCCGGCUCUGAUAAAAGAUGUUAUUUUUAUGGGGUUUUUUAAGAAAAAAAUAACAUCUUUCAAACCCCAUAAAGAUUUUAGGGUUUAGAGGGUUAAUGUGACGACUGCUGCUACUUAUUUUUAUGGAUUUAUCUUCAUGAUCUUCAACUGGAAAAAGCUAAAGAGACUUCAGUGAACAUUUCGUGCUGCUAAUAAUUCACAAAUCAAACAUCUUUUCUGUACGUUUUUACUGACAGUGACAAAUUAUCGUGUCUUAUUGUGUGUCGUUGAACCAAUCAUCAAAAAUUGCUGGUAAAAUUCCGUGUCGUGCAGAAACAUCAAUGACUUUUUAGGAGAUUUUAAUAGAUACACGUCAGAUUUAAACCAGAAACCUUUCAAAUCUGCAGUCUGUCGUCUCAUUAAUGUCAUAAAUUUUCAUUAUCUUACUGCUCAAAUCCAUCACAAGGGUGUCACCAUGAAAAAUGAACAUAAUUAUUUCCUCGCUGCCACCUUGUGGAGGUUUUGGUUCAUUGCAGCACAUCACAGAGAGCUUGACUAGUGAAAUGUCACAACUUUGUGGUUAAUUUAGCUCAAUAUUUAGACUUAAAUGGGAAUAUAAGCUGCUGUAAAACACGAAAAUAAAGAGAAUAUAAUGAAUCCUGCAGCAAAAUCUUGAUUAAAAGGACCUUUUUCAUGCAAACCUUGAAGAAAAAAUGAUGUUUUUUUGUUAUUUUAGAGAGAAAUCCUGAGUAAAGAGCAUCCUCUGGGCUUUGGUACAACAGCUACCACCUUUUAUGUGCACUGAUGUAGUGAGGCUAUAUAAGAUUAUAAGAUAAAGAACUAUAUUCAAAGUUUUAUCCCCAACUGUGAAUCCUGGGAAUCACUGCGACCUGCUGCAGGUGGCGUAAGAAAAGAAAACAGCUUUUAUUCAGGGUGUUAUUUAGAAAAGCUCAUCGUCUGUCUGCAUCUCUGUGGGUGAGUCGUGUGUGACGUCGUCUCAUCGCUCUUCUUCUUUGGUUUUACUUUCAUUUUCUCCACAUGUUUAUCAAAAGAAGAAGAAGAAAAAAAAACUUUAUGCAUAUCAGAAGUUGCUUAGCGCUUGUAUGGCUAACUUUGGGUUCGUUGGUAGCAGCGUAGCGGUCAUGUUUCAGUCCCUGAGGGUGUGUGUGUGUGUGUGUGUGUGUGUGUGUGUGUUUGUGUUUGUGUGUGAGGUGGAGGAUGUUGACGAAGAAGGACUCCCAUCAGAAACCCAGAGGAGGACUGGUGUGUGUGUUUAGAGCCGGAUGGGAGAUGGACUGCUUGGUGUGUGUGUGUGCGUGCGUGCGUGCGUGUGUGUGUGUAUAUUGUAUGUAAAUAGUGUUGAUUUUGUACGGUACAAGUGUGUGUGACUUGUUUUGUACACAUGAUAAAAAGAUUAAAUGACACUUUUAUAAGAGCCUGCUAUUGGCUCACCGUCACACUAUACAGUGCAAUAAAGUGCUUUGAUUGGCUAAAACUCA